AUGACGACGAACACCUCUCUGCGCUGUAUUAGCGGCGGCGGCGUCAUUCGACACGUCGUCCUUGUAGCUAUAGGCUUCACCAUCGCCGACGGAUUCACGCUGCUGUCUCGCGGCGGCGUGUCUCCGUGGUUCCCGAGGACCAGCAAAGUUGGCGAGCCUGGACUGGAACUCACCCUUAGAGAAGAUAGUCUUGGGCAGCCCAUUACCUUGAGCCAUGUGGUGUCUACUCAUCUUUGCGAAGCCUCCCGUGUCGCUGUGUCACGGUCCGCUCCUGCCCCUGUUGCCCACCGUCAUUCGCACUGUGUUGCCAGCAUCAUGUCUGGUGCACGGAAACGACGGCGCGUCGAAUUCAAGUUCCAUACGGUCGUUGAAGAGGAACCCGGUCACAUGCAGGCUGCAACGGAGAAGGCGCGGCACACGGUGUUCGUGUCCGGCCCCCAGGGCCUCACCUCGCAGACGUCCUUCAUCGACAUACCAUUAAGUCAUGUGGCAGGCGACGCCCCUGAUCUCAAUCAUACCGACGCAGACAAGGGGCAUGACCAUCCAUUGAAGGAGUGGAGUGCUAGGAUUGACGAGUGGCUCCUCGAGCUGUUGCGGCUCGAAGGCCGCGUGGGCUUCACAGACUCGCGAUGCCCGACAUGCAACAACGGAAUUGCAGAGUACCGCUGCGAAGACUGCGCUGAUGUCCAGCUGUAUUGUGCGGGCUGCACAGCUGGCACGCAUAUGUGUACGCCUCUUCACCGGAUUAAGUGCUGGGCCGAAACUCAUUUCCAGCAUGCGAACCUCAAGGACCUCGGCGUAACUAUGCAGAUGGGUCACCCGCCGGGCCGACGCUGCCCCAACCCCAAAACGGCCUUUGACGACGGCUUUGUUAUCCUUGACGUCACCGGCAUCCAUCACGUUGCGCUCGAGUUUUGUAACUGUCAUCAAAAGGUGCGGCUGUUCCCCGCGACGGUCACAAAUCCGAAGACCGCUGCCACGUUCUCGCUCAUGGAGCUUUUCCAUUUGUUGCGCACCCAGUCCAAAAUCUCAGCCUAUGAGUUCUACCAAACGCUCGCGCGACGGACGGAGAAUAUAGCACCGCGGGAACCAGCAGAUCGUUACCCCGCGUUCCUGUGCAUGUCGCGGGCUUGGAGUCACCUAAAGAUGCUCAAGCGAGCAGGCCGUGGACAUGACGUCUCCGGUGAUGCUCCCGAAGGGGAAAAAGCUGAUAAGGAUAUCAGAUGGCUUUAUCGCCUGUUUGUCGGCCUUGAUGCUAAUUUCCGCCUUAAACACAAGAAGGUCUCCAGUGUGGCGGUCGACCCCGGCCUGAACAAGGGCUUCGCGUACUUCGUCGAGGACCAGGCUUACAAGGAAUUCCUCAACACCUUCGACAUGAAACUGCCGCCCGAGAUGAACACAUGCCACAACCACGACGCCGUGAAGCUCGCGAACAUCAAGAAGAUCCGCGAGACGGACGCAAGCGGAGUAGCUACCGUCGAGUGCAUCAGACAUGACAUGAAACGACCAGCCUCCGUAGGCGACCUACAGUAUGGCGAACGCCUCACACAUCACUGCACCGUCGAGGUGGUAACAUCCUACGACAUCUUGUGCCAGUGGAGCCGCAAUUUGCCCGUCCGCCGGGAUGUCUAUGGCCUCGAACUUGAUCACAUACAAUGCAAGUACCUCUUCCUUGUGCCGAAGCAUCACCUCAAUGUGCACCGUCUCGCUUGCCAAAUGGCGUACUCAUUCAACUACACGAAGGGCGUGGGGCGCACCGACAGCGAGAAAUGGGACCCGGCCAUUGACGCGACGUGUUGGACGACGUGUUUGCAACCUACAACUGGGGGAAGGUCCGGAAGCUCAUGUUCUGUUAUAGGUCCGACACUUUGUAGGAGGCUGGAGGAGGCUCUUGAGCACAUGUGCACCAUGCACCUUGCGUUCGAGGAGUUCGGGGAGACCUUACCGCGCGAGAGCGUGCGCACAUGGACGGAGUUAGUCGAAGCUUGGGAGGCUGACCCUACAACCUCUGUCAAUCCUUUAGUGAUGACGGAACCUGUGGUGACCGUGGCGGCAGUGCACCUCCAGCUUGCUGAAGAGGAAGCAAUGCACUUACAGGCAGGUCAGGACUUAUCGUGUCACACGAGCAUGUCGCUGAGUGUCAUGCUCGCCGGACUUGAUCUGGAGACCCAGCAAUGCCGCCUUCGUCGGGAAUCUCAGGGACUCGGGGAACACAAGCAGCGUGCGACUUUCCAAGAGCGGCUCAACGGUCUCCGCCGCAGACUCGAAGCUUGGUUUAAAAUACAGCACGCGUACAUCCCCGGUGCCGAGUCCUUCCGUGAACGCCUAGCACGCGAUGCGAACAAGGACCUCCCUGCAUACGACAUACUGUUCUCCUCCCCUCUGGGAUCAGCUCAGGCCUGGAGAACAGGCUGGGAAGCCACACUCCAGGCCCUCGAGGAUCAGCACAUUUGCGGGCUAAGACUGGAUGAAGGCAAGGAGACGGAGGGACACCGCACCUUGUCCUGGAUUUGGCGCACUACGUCGCUUGUAGGGCCCGAGGACAUCCUCGAGAACAUUGAUGAUCUUAACCUGCAAGAAGCUUUGCGUGUGGAAUGGUGCAAGUCCCGUGCAAGGGCGCAUCGGUGGGAAGAAGAAGUUUAUCUACUGGUUGAGGAGAUGUGUCGGGUCCUGGCCUACCACAAGUGGGUGGCACAACAGUGGCUCGGCAGGCGUGACAUCCGUCAAGAAUUGCCAGCUGAAGUUCAGGAAGGCUUAUCAGCAUACACUAAUUGCCAGGCCGAAGUCCGCAUGACCCUGCGAUCAGAAGUAGGUAUGUGGGUGACAAAUGCUAUGGAGCUGAUUUACGGAGACGGAGUCCUGGCCGCCGACAUGUCCCAGCCUGCGGUCGCUGUGCAACCAACAAGCAUAAACAUGUCGACGAGCACAAACAGCGUGACGAUGAAUGCAAAUCACGCGUCAACAAAUGCGUCGGAUGCCGCGUCAACGAGCAUGCCGGGCGCCGCGACGACGAACACAUCGGGCGCCGUGUUGACGAACGCGUCGGGUGCCGUGUCGACAAGCAUGUCGGGCGGCACGUUGACCAGCAUGUCGGGCGGCACGUUGACCAGCACGAUUGGUGUGUCAGUGAGCGCAAUUGGUGCGUCAGCGAGCGUGAACCACCCAUCAACAGGAGUCACCACUGCAUGGCAAGUGCAGCUUCAAGCACUACGUGCUGCAAGUGAGCCUUUCGUCGGGGCGCACGAGGUACGGGAACCUGCAGGUGAUGGGUGGGAGGACAUGUGGGAGGACGAACCACGUGGGCCUACAGGUGAUGGAUGGGAAAGCGAAGGGUGGGACGGUGACGAGCAGGAGGAGGAGAGUGUAGCUUGA